GCUCAAAUACCUUAUCGGUGUUCCCCAUCCCUAUGUUGGUGUAUAUGAUCAAGGUUUCUUCGUCUCCCCACGAUCAUCGCGUUCGCUCAUCUACCACCAGAAUUUAAUGAGCUCUAGUGUCUACAACACAUGGACAAAUCCACAGCUGGUCGGAGAAACGUCAAACUCACAGGUUUCAAGCAUCGGGUUGAUAGACCCACGGGCUUAAUAAGUUUCUCCACGGGCCACGAUGAGGAUAUCACCGGGCUUGAUGAGGCCAUGCGCAGUUUUAGCUCGAAAACAAACUCAAUCGGUACACCACCGUCCACUGUAACGGCUCUCUCAAUCCCAUUAGCUUCAAAAUCUGAUAUUGAACCCACUUUGUCAACGGACUCCGAUAGGGAACCAUCCAUCUUGUCAUGCUCAGACGCGGACACCUUCGAGUUGGCUGUGGAGGCGACAACAAUGGCUGACGACUCACCCGUGCCCGUGUCGUCUAGCUCAGGGCAUUCGUUGCUGUCAUUUGAGUCACCGAACUCCGAUCAUCCCCAUCCAGCUACUUCGAAAUUGUCUAAUUCUCAUGAAGAUUCAGAAACCACGCCUGUCUCCACAAUGGCUACCGUUUUAGACAUCGAUUUUCGCACGGCAGUGGAGCCGGUGAACCAACCCCCGUUUGCGUCUAUUGGCUCUACAGGCGAGUGCGAUAACGGCGACCCAUCCAAACCCCCUGUUCCUCCCGCACGCCCUCCACCAUUCCAACCACGUUCCGUGGCCACUCCGGUCGCAGCGGCUGACAUCCAUGCACUUUUGGAUUCAUACCCAUCCCCCAUUAGAGAUGCGGAUAUUCCGAACAGCCGACUGACAAAACCUUCCUCUCUCCCAGUGAUCACUUGCGCUUCUCCUGCUCGCAACGAUGAUGUUCUUACGUCCCAUCUGGAUAUCGUUCCUAGCCAAAAGCCUUUCACCGAAGAGGUUGGAGGACCGCUUCUGGUGAGUGCUUUAAGUGACCUGCCCAUUUCGUCCAUUCGUGCGGAGGAGGCAAGUAGCUCAAUUCCUCUCACCGUAUUGAGGGAAGACGCUACGGAAAGAGAUUCAAACUUAUCAUUGGGGUUACCUACGGAGUUUGACAAGGUUAAAAGUGAUCUCGCGUCAGGAGAUGAUCGAAAGCGACCCUUUGCUUCAUCCAAACGCAUUCACAGUCGCCGGAUUGCCCAACGCCGUCGCUCAAAGCUGUGCAACAUCUUUUUGUUGGCAUCUGUUGGACUACUUGUCGGAUGCGUAUAUUGGUUCACUGCCUUCUUCUGGGGUCUUUCAGUUGGUGUUCUGGGCACCUUACUCGUUGUUCUUAUUCGCGACGCUCUUUGGACCACAGAUAACAGUGAUGGUGCUCGAUGUCAUAUUUCUGGCUCGCCUCUCGGCCGUUUAUGCUGCUCUCUACAUUGUCCCAUCAACCCGACGGCCACAGGAGCGGGGUCCGGUACUUGGUGGCCUAUUUUCGCUCCUGCGCUACCCCCCCUGAGGAAUGGACCGCUUCAAUUCAGGGAACUGCCAUCGUUACCGGUCCCCCACAUGAAUGAUGAGGAUCUUUAUUCUUCGACGAUCGGUCCUCUGGGUCCCAAUCUGGGUCUGAAGCUCGACUCUGGCGAUCGACCAAUCUACAAAGGUUGGAUGAAUGAGAUUAUGAAAUACGAUGCGGAAACGCAUCACGUGAGUCAGACCCAUUCCGUGUUCAUCACCCUGGACGGUAUGCAGUUGCGGCUGCAACGUCCACGACGCAACAUCGCUCGGCGCUCCAUGUGGAAUGAAGAGAUACCUCCCAUUGGCUCGCUCCGAUUUCACCAACAACGUAUCUACGAUUUGACACACGCUCGGGUGGUACUUUUACCGAAUGGUCUCGUGAUGAAACGCUUGUGGAGCAAAAAGUACCCGAUCGCCAUCACCUUGUCGCCUCAAGCGGCGAAACAAGUGAACCUCAUGCGAUGGAACCAGAGAAAUCGUUUGGAGUGGGAAGCUGCUAACCUCGCCGAUGAUAUAUCACAACUGCCCUCUCCAAGCGCACCAUCGACUGGUGAUCAACCUCGACGUCCCAGUAGACUGGGUGCUUACCUUUCGGAUGAAGAGGACAGUGCAGAUUCAACCACCGACUCUGAUCCGACUGAAGAGCCCCGGUACCCCGCUGCCAUUGGCGUUCGUCGUCCGAGUGUCCCCACUCGACCUCCGGUUGCAGCCGCUUCGGUUGGUCUCAACAAAAGCACUGAGGAAGAACGUGCCGGGGUCACCGAAAAACUUCCUUCUCCGAGGAAGUUGAAUCCACCCACUCGAAUGUCAGUUCCCGCCAUUUCGAGCCUCGCCUUUCAACUUCCACCUACGAUAUCCAGUCGAAAACGAAUCAUCCGGAUCGUCGAUAAGAUCACACGUUCGAGCUACUUUCAAAAAGCUGUCGAUAACAAAUUGGUACAGCGCGGCAUGGAGCUACUCUCCAACACGCCCAUAGUCCUAGAAGCUGAGAUCCAGACUCUCAGCGGGACCCUGUUGAUCAAUAUACCUCCUCCACAAAGUGAUCGGUUGUGGUACGGAUUCCGUCCGAAUUUACAAAUGCGAUUGAAGGUGCGUCCUCGCGUGGGUGAAAAGGCUGUCACUAUGUCACGGAUUCUCGAAUGGAUUGAAAAUCGUGUACUACUGGAGUUUCAGCGCCUGGUUGUUCUACCGAACAUGGACGAUAUUGUUAUUCCACUUCUGCUCUCCGAUGUCACCGCGGGAGGAACGAAGUGAUUCACUUACGACCAUUCUAUCUCGAACCUUUUCAUCUUUUUCCAUCAGCCGUCGUCGGCCUCUGUUGUUGUCUUUCAUGCAUUGACGAUAUCCUUUUUCCAAGCUGAACUGUACUUUACGUUCCUUUGAUUUGAGCUAUUGUUGAGUUUUUCUGCCGUACUGCUGCUGAGUCACUCCCCACAGCUGCUUACAUGCAUAAAUGUGUAUCCCCUUAUUUUGCUGUGUCCUUCACACAAACGUGCGUUCCGACUACCCAGACUACUGAAGCUUCUGUACAACAACACAGGUACACAGGUGUCCCACUUCCAAUGGGCACAAUGCAUUUUGCUCCCGUGUAUCACCGCCGCUGAGCAACCAUUCCACACAGACUUUACGAUAUGGCUAUCCAUAUUUAAUACUCAACAUCAGAUCCACUCGUUACGAGCUUCAGACGUACCCGCACACGUUUUAUUCUCUGUCUAUUGUUUUCUACGGGCUUGGCGCUUCUGCCUUCCUUUUGUCUUGUUAUUUUUCUCGCUCAUCACUGCAUUGACUUGAAUUUUUACGCUAAUCUCGCCGUUUUCAAUCUGUGAACUUCCCUCCGUCUGUGUAUACGCAUUGAGGGUCGCUUGGUAAAACAGAACCUGAGAUGUCUUUUCCGAAUGUAUGAUCGACCAGCGGAAAUCGACACAGCAUUCCGCAUGAUGUCCGUCUUGCUCACUGGUUGCGUCAUAAGCGGGAUGUCAUUUUAGUCAGCUCAUCUGGAUGUGUGCUGGUGCUUCUUGCUUGAACCGACAUUGAUCACUUUUACCUUCUAGUACUAAUCUCAUUCUGUGUAAAUCUUACCGUCAACAAACUGGCACUGUGUUGCAUUGUACAUGUCCGAAUUAUCCAAGCCUGACUACGCUGGACGAAAGCUUCUCCUCCGCACGUUAUCUGUCAUCUAUGAGUGAGAUGUCAGUCUCUGUCCC